AUGCAGGCGGUAGAGUUUACGUGUCAGUACUCGGACCAAGUGCGGAAGAAGCACAAGACGUGGCACGAUGGGAGGCUGAAGCUGAUACAGUCUGCUAAACGGCUUAUGUUGUAUAGCGGGGAGGAUAAAAAACUGCUUUGCAGCACCAUAAUGACCAGCGAGAGGGAAUUGCAGAGGAUCCUGGAGCCAGAAGACUUUGGCGCAACGGAACACCACAUUUUUGGUAGGUAUGUGGUUAUCAUUUGUGAAAGAGUGGGCGAGCACGAGGAGCCGACCGAGAGAAAGGCCACUGAGCCCCCGGUAAUGGCGAAACGACCAUUGGCCAAGGUACCGUCCAGAAAAUUACUGAAAUCUCCUGUCGCGAGCCAUGGAGACCAUCCUCUGGCAUUGAAAAUGAAUACGCCGUUUAAACCGCCAAGAUCGACCGCAAAGGCCAACAGGCCCUCGAUACGACAACGAGCGGUGAGAGAGGAGCAACGGCCAGCAGGGACAAAGGCGAGGGCACGCAUACGGCGAGUGAAGCAUCUGCCAAUAAUGCUAUAG